AUGUCUCAAAACUUACGUAAAGAAGCUGCUACUCGAGCUUCUCGACGCGCGAGUAGUAAUGCUAAACCAUUGGUUUCCGUUUAUACAAGCAGUACACCCCUGAGCAGUCGUCAUAAUACUGACGACGAGGACUUAUGGAGUGAAACUUCAGCAGACACUGUCGAUUCUUGGGCUUCUGCUGGCAGUAAGAAUGCUGAAGAUGGAGUUUUAGAAGAAGUAAAUUGGGAAGACGAAGUUCUACAGAAUAUUGAAGAUUUAGGAGAAAAAAGAACAAGUACAAGAGAAGGAUCUUUAACAAAGUUGAUCCGCUUUCUCUCUCUUAAGUAUGCGGCAGAUCUCCUUGAUACUAGGCGUGAAACUUUACUGGAUCUUUUGUGCCGCUCGGUCAGGAAGGAUAAAAGUUAUAAAGAAAGUCGAUUAGCUGCUAAAGUGAUGUCGUUACUUUUUAUUACUAUUGGUGAAAGCCAAGAAUCUAUGUAUAAUAAUGUAUUAUCUUUAUUAAAAUAUACUAUAACAAAUAAUGCAUCAAAAGAAGUCAAGUGCGCUUGUAUCCAGACAUUAAGUCUAGCAUGCUUUAUCUCAGCUUCAUAUGCUGAUGCCAUAGAGCUUCUCAAUUUUUUCAAUGAUAUUAUAGUGACUAAUGGUAAAAGUGUUAAUGCGAAUAAUGAAGGAAAUGUAAUAGAAAGCGCUCUAAACGCUUAUGGUUUACUAUUCUCUGGGCUAUGGGGUGAUAGUAAAAGAGGUUCAGAUAAAGCUAAGGAAGUAUUUGAGCAUAUUAUGCCGGGUCUUAUUAAACAGCUUGAAUCUAGCACUAUGGAAGUUCGCGUUGCUAGUGGUGAAAUUAUUGCAUUGAUGUUCGAAUCUUUAGGAAUCGGAAAAGUAAGUGGCACAGAGGAAAAUUGGGGUCAACCACCAGACGAAUAUGAUGAUAAAGGUGAAGUUGGUUACGAUAAUAUGGAUCAUUUGACUCAACUCUUGAACACGUUGGCCACAGAUAGUAAUCGCCAUCGCGCAAAAGCUGAACGUAAAGUUCAGAGGUCUGUGUUCCGAGAUGUACUCAAAACUGUCGAGCGCGGAGAUAGUGUUCAAGAACGGCUCAAGAUCAAGAAACAAACAAUUUACUUUUCUAGUUGGGCAAAGAUUCUUCAAUUAAAUGCCUUCCGGGCAAUACUUACUGAAGGAUUGCAUGUACAUUUUCAGGAAAAUGAAUUGCUCCAAGCAAUCUUUGAAUUCGUGCCGCCUCCCACCUUGGUUUCCGGUCGACUAAGACCUGACUCAGCUUUAGGUUUUCAUACUACUGGGUCGGAUACAGAUAGCUCGGUAACAAAUAAAAAGAAUAGGAAAUUGAAGGGUAAAAAACAUGAUAAAAGAAAAAAAGGUGAUCUUUUAGAAGUUGGUUAG